ACGGGUUUUUUAUUAUUUGACGCCAGGAUGAUUCGGUUCAUUCUGUUGUUGGCUGCUGCGGGCCUGGCCGUGGCCUUUAAGAAUCCUCACUAUGUCUCCGGCCGGACUACUAUGGUUCAUCUCUUUGAAUGGAAGUGGGAUGAUAUCGCUGCUGAGUGCGAAAGGUUCCUUGGGCCUAGAGGUUUCGCUGGUGUUCAGAUAUCACCGCCCAAUGAAAAUUUGGUAAUCAGGUCAAAAAACCGACCAUGGUGGGAGAGAUAUCAGCCGAUGUCUUACAGAUUGGUAACACGUUCUGGGAAUGAGCAGCAGUUCGCUAACAUGGUGCGUCGUUGCAAUAACGUGGGUGUCAGGAUAUAUGUUGACGCCAUCAUUAACCAUAUGACUGGUACUUGGAACGAGAACGUGGGCACCGGAGGCAGCACUGCUAACUUCGGAAACUGGCACUACCCAGCCGUACCUUACGGGAGAAAUGACUUCAAUUCACCUCAAUGUGUAAUCUCUGGAAACGAUUAUCGCUGCUGUCCAGAUAGGGUAAGAAACUGUGAGCUUUCAGGAUUAAAGGACUUGAAUCAAGGAUCUACCCAUGUUCGUAACAUGAUUGUAAAUUACAUGAACCACCUCAUUAAUCUCGGAGUAGCAGGCUUUAGGAUUGACGCUGCCAAGCACAUGUGGCCUGGAGAUCUCCGCGCUAUCUACAACAGGCUUAACAAUCUAAAUAGGAACCAUGGUUUUCCAUCUGGCGCCCGGCCUUAUAUCUACCAAGAAGUUAUCGAUCUUGGUGGUGAAGCUAUUAGUCGGAAUGAAUAUACAUCACUGGCUGCAGUCACUGAGUUUAGAUUCGGAAUGGAAUUGAGCAGAGCCUUCCAGGGCGGGAAUCAACUGAGGUGGUUAAGUAAUUGGGGACCUAACUGGGGUCUGCUUGCGAGCGGUGAUGCUUUGGCAUUUAUCGAUAACCACGAUAACCAGAGAGGCCACGGUGCCGGUGGUAAUAUUCUUACAUACAAAAGUGCAAAACGAUACAAGGGAGCAAUCGCUUUUAUGUUGGCCCACCCAUACGGCCAGCCUCAGUUGAUGAGCAGUUUUGAUUUCCGUGACACUGAGGCUGGACCCCCACAGGACCGCAACGGCAAUAUUAUUUCUCCUUCUAUUAAUUCCGACGGCUCGUGCGGUAACGGAUGGAUCUGCGAACAUCGCUGGCGUCAAAUCUACCAGAUGGUUGCGUUCAGAAAUAUUGCCGGCAAUACUGGUGUGAACAACUGGUGGGACAACGGCAGCAAUCAAAUUGCCUUCUGCCGCGGUCAGCAAGCAUUCAUUGCUUUCAACAACGACAACUGGGAUCUUAACCAAGACUUAAACACUUGUCUACCAGCUGGCAAUUAUUGUGAUGUUAUAUCUGGUGUGAAGAACGGCAACAGAUGCACCGGCAAGACAAUCUCAGUUAACAGCAAUGGCCGUGCCCGUAUCACCAUACGCUCUAAUGAUUACGACAUGAUUCUUGCCAUUCAUCGCGGCAGUGAGUCAAGAUUGUAAGGAUUAUAUGAAGGAAAUAUAGAUUGCAGACAGACAAUGGUUUUUUUAUGAUUUUAUGAAUUAUCCAAAAACAAAAUUGUAAGACUACUACCACUAAAUAAACAUUUUGAUGUAAAAUUUUA